AUGAAAGUCCUCUCCUUCAUCGUGGCCGCGGCCCUUCUGGGCUUGACUGGUGCGUCUUCGAACUCCAGCCAGGGGCUGUUGAAGUCAGACGGUGUGGCCCUGGGAGACUGGGACUCCGCCUACCAGAAGGCCUCUUCCUUCGUCGCAGGCCUGACCACUGAUCAGAAGCUGGCUUUGAUCACGGGCAGCAGUGUCAACUCCACUAAUGGCAGCUUUAGUGGCCUUACUUUCCUUGACGGUGACAUGGGUCUCCAGAACUUCUACUAUGUAUCCGCUUUCAGCUUGUCUUCAGCACUUGCUAUGACCUGGGACCGCGACGCCAUCUACGCACAGGGCAAAGCUGUCGGUUCUGAGUUCUACAACAAGGGAAUCCAAGUUGUCGCUGGCCCGACUUCUCAGCCAUUGGGACGUACGCCCUGGGGUGGUCGGAAUGUUGAGGGUUUUGGCCCCGACCCUUAUCUUAAUGGCCUAGCCACUGGGUUAACAACAAAAGCCUACAUCGACGCUGGCGUUAUCCCAGGUGCUAAGCACUUCCUUCUCUACGAACAGGAAACAAAUCGGACUGGCGGCGGCGGCGGUGGUGGUCCUGGCGGCGGCGGUAUGCCUUCUGGAGGAAUGGGGCCCGGCUCGUCGAAUACUUCAUCCAUGGGCGCGAAGCCUACAGGAUCAAUGGGCCGUCGUGCUGCCAGUUCCAGUUCUGAGUCGGAUAGCGGCUCGGCACCAUACUCUUCCAAUGCCGAUGACAAGACUCUGCACGAGGCGUAUCUUUGGCCUUUCUAUGACGCAGUCAAACAUGGUCUGGGUGCUGUGAUGUGUGCCAUGACGAAGGUUAAUGGCACACUAAGCUGUCAGAACUCCGAUCUGUUGAUGAAGCAUUUGAAGACUGAGCUUGGCUUCCCGGGAUUGGUAUGGCCUGAUACUAAUGGCCAGAGCAGUGCUUUGGAGUCUGCUCUCGGCGGUGAGGAUUACGGUUCCAGUAGUAUCUGGAGCACGUCUACCAUGGAGACUCUGUUGUCCAAUGGCUCUCUGAGUGAGGCUCGCUUGGACGAUAUGGCCAUCCGCAAUCUGAUGGGUUACUACUAUGUGAACCUGGACAACGGGCUCCAACCCGAGGAACAAAGUGAAGAUGCGUACGUGGAUGUGAGACGCAACCACUCCAAGCUGAUCCGGGAAAAUGGAGCCAAGUCAAUGGCCCUGCUGAAGAACAAGAACGCUCUGCCAUUGAAGAAGCCUCGUGUGAUGAGCGUUUUCGGUGCCCACGCUGGUCCUGUGUUGGGAGGACCCAAUACGGCCAUGGACAUCGAGGGUUCGGGACCGACGUACCAGGGUCACUUGGCCACCGGCACCGGUUCUGCUCAAGCAUCCCUGCCUUACUUAGUGCCACCUUACGUUGCACUAACUAACAGAAUCAUUGAGGAUGGAACCAUGAUGCGGUGGGUGCUCAACGAUACCUAUACCUCUUCUAGCACUUCCGGCUUGAUCACAGAGGGGACUGACAGCACUGCUGUGGACCCCUCGUUUACCAACUAUGCCACCAACUCCGAUGCCUGUCUCGUCUUCCUGAAUGCUCUGUCCGGAGAAGGCGCUGAUCGCACUGAACUCUACAAUGACGACCAAGACACCAUGGUCAACACCGUUGCCGAUAACUGCAACAACACAAUCGUCAUCAUCAACACCGUCGGCCCGCGCCUGAUGGACCAGUGGAUCGAACAUGACAACGUUACUGCAGUUCUCUACGGAUCCCUCUUGGGCCAGGAGUCUGGUAACUCCAUUGUCGACGUCCUCUACGGAGACGUGAACCCCUCUGGCCGCCUCAUCCACACCAUCGCCAAGAACGAAAGUGACUACAACGUCAAGAUCUGCUACACAGCGCAGUGUGACUUCACCGAAGGCGUCUACCUCGACUACCGCUACUUCGACGCCUACAACAUCACCCCCAGAUACCCCUUCGGCCACGGUCUCUCCUACACCACCUUCUCCUACUCCGACCUGAGCAUCGAAAAGCCCUCCACCCUAUCCAAGUACCCCACCGGCGAACAAACCGUCGGAGGACACAGCGACCUCUGGGAUAUCGUGGGAAGCGUCUCCGUCAAGGUCGCCAACACCGGCUCGCUCGACGGCGCCGAAGUCCCCCAGCUCUACCUCGGAUUCCCCACUGCUGCGCAGCAACCCGUUCGCCAGCUCCGUGGCUUUGAGCGCGUCGAGAUCGCCUCCGGCAAGCAGAGCGAGGUGACCUUCAAGCUGCGCCGCCGUGACAUCUCCUACUGGGAUGUCCGUGCCCAGCAGUGGCUUGUUGCCUCGGGUGACUACAAGGUCUAUGUGGGUGCAAGCUCGCGUGACCUGAAGCUGAAUGGUACUUUUGCUGUUCAGACUUCGUCUUAG